GAAAUGGACUAAUCCAGAUCCAGGGGCCCGGGGAGUGCGGCUAAAUGAUAAAAUAAUCCCACCACACCCACAGCUGACUAUUUUUCUUUCAGCAUGCCACAUCACUCGACCUCACACAUCUUUCCAUUAAUUUCCCAUCAACUGUUCACGAUAAAAAUGUGCACUGAUGUUGUGUCUUUCAGGCUUGUGUAGGCCCUUUAACCGUUAAAAAAAAAAUCUAUUACAGGUUAUGCAUGGUGUGGAGUUGCUCAUGGAUGUACCAGAAAACUGGGAAUGAAGAUAUGUGGAUUUCUGCAGAAGAACAACAGUCUGGAGGAGAGGAGCAGGAUUGUGAGUUCCCUCAAGGAGCGCACAGCCAAGACCCUGCUCUCCUGUGAUAACAUCGGCGGAGAUGUGCGUUUCAGACGCACGGAGACGGAUUUCUCCAAUCAGUUCGCCAGAGAUCUGUUGCCUGCAAAAAAUGGAGAGGAGCCGACUAUGCAGUUCUUGCUGGAGGUUGUGGAAAUCCUCACCAGCUACAUUCGGAAGACGUUUGACAGAUCCACCAAGGUGCUGGACUUCCACCACCCGCACCAGCUGCUGGAGGGCAUGGAAGGCUUCAGCCUGGAGCUUUCUGAUCAGCCCGAGUCUCUGGAGCAAAUCCUAGUGGACUGCAGGGACACGCUGAAAUAUGGAGUGAGAACAGGUCACCCCAGGUUCUUUAACCAGCUUUCCACUGGAUUAGACAUCGUUGGGUUGGCAGGAGAGUGGCUCACUUCUACAGCCAACACUAACAUGUUUACCUAUGAGAUUGCUCCUGUCUUUGUGCUCAUGGAACAGCUGACACUGAAAAAGAUGAGAGAGAUUGUUGGCUGGCCCGAUGGAGAGGGAGAUGGGAUAUUUUCUCCAGGAGGAGCGAUCUCCAAUAUGUACAGCGUGAUGGUCGCCAGAUACAAGUUCUUCCCUGAAGUCAAGACUAAAGGCAUGACAGCUGCACCCAGACUGAUCCUCUUCACCUCAGAGCAUAGCCACUAUUCCCUCAAGAAAGCCAGCGCAGCUCUGGGCUUCGGAACAGAAAACCUGAUCCUUCUGAACACAGAUGAGAGGUUUUCAUUAUAUUUAACCUGCAUGUCCGCCACCUGGUAAAAGUUCAA